AUGGCCACCAUGGCAUCCAUGGAGGACAGUGAACUCCUGGUUGCCACAGAUCUCGAGGCGCCCAGCGCCUCGGCUACCUCGGUCCAACCCGGCUCGGGGACCCCCGCCGAGCCAAGGGUGACUUCGGCGCUGGUUGUUGGCUUCAUGGCUAUGGCACUAGUGGCUGCUUCACUUCUCCUCAUGGACCUCGAAGAAGAGCGCGAGGGGAAGGCUCGUUGGCGCUUGCUGCAGGCUGUGGGUGGAGGUAGCGCCGUUGGAUCCUGCUGGUUGAAGUGUGGUGCCGCUGUGGGCAAAGCCCUGCACUGGAUUGGCACCUUCAUCGCUCGGACCUUUGACAGCGUGGGCCGCUGCGUUCACUCCAUCUUUGCCUCGCUGAACUCAGGCUUUGGGGAUUGCUGCGGGGCCGUUGGCCACCAACUGGGCCGAUGUCCGGGCUGUGGAGGAUGGUGUUCUCAUUGCUGGAUGGCUUCCGGUCGAUGUCUGGGCGGAUGCUGCAUGUCCGUGGGCAACCUGAUCAACGGAAUGCUGAUGGUUCUUGGGUCAUCUGUCUCUUCCUGCUGCGAGGUGUUGACGACUUUCUUUCAAAGCUUAUGGUCAACCUGUGGACAUUUUCUGAAUGAAACGUGCCCUUUUUGA